ACUCCACUCCCGCAUCCUUAUUUACCCCUUCACUUGUCCCCCAGUUCUUUUUGGAGGGGCUACAGACGUGGUCCGUCGGAGCCAUACUACCCUACUACCCUCUGCCUACCUUCGACCCAAUCCCAACACAGCCAGAUAGGUAGCCAUGGACUACUCUGCCAUAUCGCAUGACCCGGACCACCCCGCAGGCACCUCGCCGUGGGCUUCACCUCGACCUACCCAAACGACUUUCCCGACCUCAAGUACGGGCGACAUUCCUCCAUCCCCGUUAGCGCCCUCUCAGCCUCCGUACGAUGCCGACAGGAAUUCUCAACUGCCCACCGGGGAAGAGCACACUGACUCCCCUGAUCUCUCGGAAAGACUUCAAAGCGCGCAGUUAGGCGAUCCGGACUACGCCAACGAGCAAUCGCCGUACGCUGCGCAACAGCAACAGCAUGCGCAGCCACCACGGUCUCAACUCCCCGCUCGGUACCAAACCGGGGCCAGACAGCAUGCUAGGCCUCCCCCUCUGUAUAAAGUUCAGGCGAAGAUCACAAGCCUAGAGAGACCAGGCAAAAAGGACCCCGUUCUACGUUUCGAUGUUCACACCAACAUUCCCAAAUUCAGAACGUCUCAAUAUCGCGAUGUCCGCCGUACCCAUUCCGAGUUUACUAAACUUGCUGAACAUCUGAUGUCGGCCAACCCCGAAGCCAUGGUCCCGGCUGUUCCUCCUCCGUUGACCCCCGCCGGCGCAGGAACCGAAGAGGAUGAGAUUCGCGUGAAGGCGUCCAUGCAGAAGUGGUUGAAUACUGUUUUGAAUAAUGAAAUCCUCAUGCAGGAUGAUGAGGUCGUUCUGUUUGUUGAGAGCGACUUCGGCUAUAGCCCGGUUGUUAGGAUGAAGCAGCCUGCGACGGGUAUGCGGAGAAAGGUUCUGAAGCAGUUUGCCCCGCCCCCAGAUGAUACUCCCGAGCUACAGAAUGCACGCCCUGUUGUGAAAAUGUUUUACCUAGGAAGCAUGGAUUCUAGUCAUAAGGUGGAUCGUGUGGUCAAGGGCCGCCGGGGACUCGGUCUUGCAGAAUCAGACUUCGGCGUAAAGCUAGGCCAGAUGCAUGUACAGGAGACACACCCAGGUCUGGCAAACGCCUACCGGAAACUAGGCAAGGUUAUUCAGACAGUUGGGGACUACCACGCAGUUCAGGCAACUGCAGAGGCCACUACUAUCGGAGAGCCGCUGAGCUAUCACUCAUCCGACGCUUUCAUUGUGAAGGAGACCCUUACAAACCGCCACAUCUUGCUUCGGGAUUUGAUUCAAGCCCAGCAAGUCACGCGCAGCAAGCGGGCGGCUGCAGACCGCCUGAAAGUCAGCUCUUCGGUUCGACCGGACAAAGUCGAUGAAGCAAUCAAUGCCCUAGAUGAAGCUCAGAGCCAUGAAGACUACCUUACGAAGAGGACACACCGAGUAACUUCGAACCUCCUUCAGGAGAAGCGCCGCUGGUACGCCCGGACCACCGAUGACCUCUUGGCGAGUCUGCGUGAGUACACUCUGCGCCAAAUUGAUGCAGAGCGCCGUACCCUGGCCACUCUGGAGAGCGUCCGACCAGAUAUCCGGGCAAUCGAUGCGUCUGGUGGACUGAGCCGAUUGGGUCGUGAAGCUCACCCAGCUGUGCGACGGCCGAAUCUUGGUUCAAGCCAGGGACCCAAGGGCGACGCAUGGAGCGGAGUCCCUCGUCGUAGCGACGGUCUUGGGCGCAGCAUGAGUGGCAGUAUGAUAUCGCCUACCUCGGAUGCCGAUGAAGAGGCGAAUGGGCAGGGCAAGGGAAGGUUGCGCUCUGCUAGUGGCGUCAGCUCUGUUGUUGAGGAAGAUGAUGACGAUCGGUUGGAUGCCCGCAACGCGGCGAGUCGGCUCGCCACCAGCACCUUCUGAACGUUCCCUGUAAAUUACGGAUAUUCAUGAUUGUGAGAUUCCCCUGUGACCGCCGUGCCUUUUUCCAAAUGACCGACCUGUUGAGUCCGGGACGAAGAUUGUUUCAGCCUCUAAUUGCGUUCGAUGAUGUUUGAUGUGCUUUCUCCCAUUCUCUAUUCCCGGCUGGCAAGCUAUGCCGCCGUUAUUGUAUUUGCACGCCGAGAUAUGUUUCUUCGGAUUUGAUCACCGAGCUCGAUCCUACCGUCUCCAUGACAGGACAAGCGUAGCAGAUGGAUAUUCAUCUCCAUAUGAACCUGUAGUCCAUAGGUAUAUAUUUAUAUUUAGAGGUACACUCAAGAACAAGCCCUAAUCCAGGAACCAACAAACGAGAAAAAUUUGAUAUACAAAAGAAGCCCCCCCCCCCACCACCA